CCCUAUGGAUUUGGAGCCUGUAGACUUUUUUUCUGCAGAGUUCACAGUUCACUCUUGGAUUCUUGGUGUCUUGUUAUCUGAUGGUGGUCUGGUGUGCACAUGCAGGGAGCGUUAGAGAAUACCCUUCAAAUUGAGCGGGUGAAAUGGCAGAGGAUUUUGUAAGUUAUCCCAACUGGUUGCAUCACUGUGACUGUGCCCUUUCCCAUAGAGACUGCAGGCAAUUCAGGAUGCCCACGUCCUCAAGGGAGCAGGCAUUGCUCUAGGCUCUUCUUAAGAGAUUGGACAAACAAGUAGGUUGCUCAGGCUGCACUUGGAAGAUAAGUUGCUAGCUUUUCUGAUUAUGUGAUUAUAGGCUGGAAGUGUGUAAGUGAAAACAGAGAUGAAGGGUGUAGUUCCUUCUUUAAGCUAAAUUUAUGCAGGUGCACAGUCUGAGGAAAGCCAACAUGGAGAAAACAUGGAGGGCUGGAAGUGGACUGUGAAUUCCCAGGAUCAGUAGUGGGGAUGUCUGGUCAAAAGUUAAUCUUAGGCUCCAGUAAGUGUAUGCAGAAUAAGAGUGCAAGAACAGUUUGCCUCAUUUAUGUGACAAGUUCUCUCCAUCUCAAGUGCUCAGUAGCUGUGCCUCGUUAGUGCCUGCUCUAUUUCCAUCAUGGUGCUCAGAGUUUUCUUAAAACUUGACCAGCACAAUUACUAGUAGAAGCUGGAUAAUGAAGUCCAGGAGGAAGUUGGAUAAGAUUAGUGGUAUCCAUCUGUUUAUCAGGAACAACUGAUGGGAAAAAUGGGUUUCCAGGCCCACUCUGGACCCAUAGACCAGAAUCUCCAGGCAUUGUUUAAAGCUGUAAAUAUGUUAGGUGCAUGCCUUUCAUCCCAGCACUCUGGAGGCAGAGGCAGGUGAAUCUCUGUGUGGUUGAGGCCAGCCUGGUCUAUCUACUGUGUUCCAGGACAGCCAGAGCUACAUAAUGGAGAAGCCCUGUAUCAAAACAAGCAAACAAACAACCCCCCCAACCCCCCACCAAAACCAAACCAAACCAACCAACCAAACAAAACUGUGAAGAUUGUCUUCAUUGAGGAGUUCAGUUGGGAGCACCCAACAGGGGACUUCUAAAUUCUUCUCCAGUUUUGAUCCUAUUAACGCUCCUUCAGUGGCAGAGUUUUCCGAACGACCUUCCUGAUGCUGGCUCUUUCCCUUGCCAUUCCCCUGCUUGGAGCCGUGAUGCUCUUGGAGUCCCCUAUAGAUCCUCAGAGUCUCAGCUUCAAAGAACCCCCUCUUAUGUUUGGUGUUCUGCAACCAAAUACAAAGUUGCGACAAGCAGAAAGGCUAUUUGAAAACCAACUCAGUGGGCCAGAGUCCCUGGUAAAUAUUGGGGAUGCGAUGUUUACUGGCACAGCAGAUGGCAGAGUUUUAAAACUUGAAAACGGGGAAAUAGAGACCAUCGCCCGCUUUGGUUCAGGCCCUUGCAAAACCCGAGAUGAUGAACCUACCUGUGGGCGACCGCUGGGCAUCCGGGCAGGGCCCAAUGGGACUCUUUUUGUGGUUGAUGCAUACAAGGGAUUAUUCGAAGUAAAUCCUCAGAAACGCGCAGUGAAACUGCUGCUGUCCUCGGAGACUCCCAUUGAGGGCAAGAAAAUGUCCUUUGUGAAUGAUCUCACUGUUACUCGGGAUGGGAGGAAGAUUUAUUUCACGGAUUCCAGCAGCAAGUGGCAGAGACGGGACUACCUGCUCCUGGUGAUGGAGGGCACUGAUGACGGGCGCCUGCUGGAGUACGACACUGUGACGAAAGAAGUGAAGGUUUUGUUGGACCAGUUGAGGUUCCCCAAUGGAGUUCAGCUCUCUCCUGAGGAAGACUUCGUUCUGGUGGCAGAGACAACCAUGGCCAGGAUACGAAGAGUCUAUGUGUCUGGCCUGAUGAAAGGAGGGGCAGAUAUGUUUGUGGAGAACAUGCCUGGAUUUCCUGACAAUAUCCGGCCCAGCAGCUCCGGCGGGUACUGGGUUGCUGCUGCAACAAUUCGUGCUAACCCCGGGUUUUCCAUGUUGGAUUUCUUAUCUGAGAAGCCUUUUAUUAAGAGAAUGAUUUUUAAGCUGUUCAGUCAGGAGACGGUGAUGAAGUUUGUGCCACGGUAUAGCCUGGUCCUAGAACUCAGUGACAGUGGUGCCUUCCGGAGAAGCCUGCAUGAUCCUGAUGGACUGGUGGUCACCUAUGUGAGUGAGGCACAUGAACAUGAUGGACAUCUGUACCUGGGUUCCUUCAGAUCGCCCUUCAUCUGCAGACUCAGCCUCCAGUCUAUUUAGUCAGCCCAGCAGCUGCUCUCACUGUGCAUGCCAGGAAUCAUCACACUCAGCUACCAUAGGUCUGGAAGGAGCCAUGGACAUAGCUUUGUCCUUCUGUUCCUGUUAGUCCUUGGAAGUGUGGGAGUAGCUGCUGCAACCUGGAGAAGGUAUGGUCUCCAAGAGGUGCCUCUCACCUGGACUUGAUGUCACUUUUAGAGGGAAACAGUGUAUCUGCUGUGGGAAAGACAAUUCACAGAAAGCCAAUAUCUCUUUAACAAAAUUUCACGCUAAGUACCCGAAAUCUCUAGGACUUGGAGAAUUUCCUACACUUGUCCCAGGGCUCAGGGUUUGAUUAGAGUAUGGGAUUAGCUAUGCAGGGACCUUUCUGUUGCAGUCGGCUCUUUCUGCCACAUUCAGUGUCUUCAUUCUAAAGUGGGGUCAUGCUUGUCGGGGAUGGUGUGGAAGUGCCAGUGCAGGUGUGUUGAGGUUGCUGGCUGGGAUCAUGCAAGCUGAAACUUUGUUCUCAGGGUCAUGUGAGAUGUGUGGGAAUACCUGGACUCUUCCUCCAUAGUAAAGGGUGUCCUCCCAACCUCUACAUGCUAUGGCUCAGCCUCUUUUCAUGCCAGAGGGUUUUCAAGACUCGUGUUUUAGUGGCCAAGAGCAUUUCAUUGGGCUUCUUGCUGUGACUACCUCCUCCACUAGAAUUGGGUGACCCAGCGAGUCUGUACCUGCACAGUGUGCUUUAGAAAUGUCCUUUUUAUGGCUUGGUUCAUUACCUUUCUACCUACAGAUGUGAGUAGCGACCUGUUGAUGUUUGUGCUAAUGUAAUAGGCUCAGAGUUGCUUAUUUCUUGGCAAGUCUGUUUAUACACUGGUCUUAAUUUUGAUGAUAAUAAAUAAUAUAAAACCCA